AAGGGGCCAAAACCGGCGACCCUUCUCGCCCAAACGGUGGCGGUGGCCACCGAAAUCUUUUGGACAACAGCCAGCCUCCUUGUCCCCUCCCUGCCGACCACCGCUUUUCCGGCGAUCAAGGGGAGAACCGCCGAUAAACGAUGGUCCUUUUUCAUGGCCGUCAGGAAGAAGCCCUCUCCCUUUUUUUCGGCAUGGUGGUGCGGCCAGUUGGAGACUCACGGCCGCGCUUGGCCAGUGGCCACAUUUCGGCCACCAGGAGAAGAGGCCACGGUGCCUCACCGCUGCAAGCUGGCGGCGGCCGUUGCCCUCUCUCCCCUUUUCCCCUCCGCCCGCGUCGGCCAUGGCAGCCAUGGUGGGUCGCAACGGCAAGCCGGACGUCAGUGCCAGCUCGCCAGGGCGACAGGCCGCAGCAGCGGCCAUGGCUGCCUCCUCUGUUUUUCAAACAUGAGCAACAGGGUUCCGAAAGAAGCAUAGUCCCCCUAGACUUGCUCUGAUUAUGGUAGGCCAGGAAUCCCAGCUCUGAUAAGUAAGUCCUGCAACCCCUAAAUCAAAACCCAGGAAUCCCAACUGUAAACGAUGAGAGACCUCGUAACUAGGCCACCUGUCCAACUGGUCGCAUGGAAGUCGGCGGAUGUCGUCCUUCCUUUCCAACUGGUUGCAUGGAAGUCGGAGGAUGUCGCCGCUUUUGCACUGCUUCAAUGUAAUCCGUCUGCCUCGUCAGCGGAUCCGCACGGCGCCGCCGCUCUCCACGUGGCACCGUCCAAUGGGAAUCAACUAGGAGCUUCGACGAGCCUAACUAACUACCCCCCUUCCCGCUUCCUUCGUUUCGUUCCCUUGAAAGGACUCUGUUUCCAUAAAACGGCCUCCCCAGAUUUUUUUGAAACAGAGCUCCUUUUCCUCCCCUUCGGCUCUUCUCUCCUUCCUUUGUUUCCUUUUCGUUUACAAUCCUUUGGAGAGCGAGUUGAUUAACCUAAAGAAGGAGAUGAUGGAUGAAGCUGUUGGGUUAGAAGGAAGUGUUGAAUGGGCUGAGCAAGAGGGGAGCUUUAAUAGUUGGCUCGAUAAGGUGCUUGCUUCUGAUGGGAUUGAGAGUCCUCGCAUGGUUGAGGAAGAGAAUAGACCUCGAGAUAGGCCCAAAGAGCCAGACUCAAAUUCCAAGAGGCAGAAGAUAGGUCCAUGCACUGACAAGACAGAGGAACCCAGUCCUCUGGGUUUGAUUUUACGCAUAACUCCAUCUUUCUUGGAUCUCAUUGAUAGGAAGCUAUCUCAAAAGAAGACCACUCCUCUUAAUGGACCAACUUCGGGUACUAGUAUAGAAAAACAACAGACCAGAAAUGAUGAAUAUAACAUCCAACCCACAUUAAUGAAAUGGAAGGCUUCAAAUUUUCCUGCAACAAAACUCAAGAUCGGCUGUUGGGAGAGGAAGUCAAGAAAUGAAGGUGAUAUUGUAGCUAAGUUUUACUAUGCUAGGCGAAAACUUGUUUGGGAGAUACAAGAAGAAAGAUUGAAAAAAAAGAUUGAGAUCCAAUGGACCGAUAUCUCAGCAACCAGAGCACGAUUCAUACGGGAUCAACCAGACAUUCUGGAAGUUGAGUUAAGGCAGCAGCCCAUGUUCUUUAAAGAGGUAAAUCCUCAGCCAAGAAAGCAUACUAAUUGGGAAGCUUGUUCUGAUUUUACCAGUGGGAAUGCAACCACAAACAGGAGGCACUAUCUUGAGUUUGCAGAAGGAACUUUGGAGAAACAUUAUGAAAGGCUUUUACGUUCUGAUCAUCGGCUACUUACGUUGAGUCAGAAAGUUUUUGCAAGCCAUGAUUCUCAGUUUUUUGAAACCGUUAAUAGCGACAUGCAAGAUAUGUGCAUGCUCACACCAAAAUUUCCACCUAUUUCAAAUCAACCAUCCAGCAACUGGUGUCCACCUCAUCUGAAUCAUAUUGACAAUCAAGGGAGUGCUCCUACUCACAUGUGGACCUUUGAAUCUCUUGAUCCAGCAGUUGGUGCCAACCAUCCACUUUCACUGCUGACACCAACACCCAGAGUUAUACAAAUGAAUUCGCCAAGUUCAGUCAUGGAGUGCCUACCAACUAUGAAUCAAGGUGCAAGUUCUUUGAAUCCAACGACAUCCUACUUGGCAGACAACUUUGCACUUAACAAUGGCAACUCUGCAACAGAUUCUACCCUGAACAGAAUGACUCAGCUUUGCAAUCAAGACAUUCAAAGUUUGAGAAGGGUCGAUGACAUAAGCGAGCGACAAAUCCAACAACUACCCUGGGACACCUGCGCGACUCCAGCUCCUAAUUUUCUUCCUGGGCGAGUCUCUGCUAAUACCUUAUUAACUCAUACAGCUGAAACAGAAAAUUUCCAUGUCCCGAGACAAGGUCAAUCACUCGAGGAGCAUUUAAUGAGCGAGUCAGAUGAUCUGGAUGCAUUUGCUGCUGAUGACUCUAGGCUUCUUUCUUCAGUAAAAUCUAUUGGGUCAGUCAUUUACUAAGAAGCACCACCAGAUUCACAACCGCAAUCCUCAAAUGAACUGGAUGAUGGUAACCAAAACACCGAUGGCACAAAGUCUCCAUUGGAAUCAAGGGACUCCAAGCAGUUAAUCCAUUCUAUGACUAAUUCCCAUGGCACCUACAAUUAAUCAUCAAACCUUCAUUAGGCUUGGCCAAGAAAAGAGUUCUCAUGGCAGAAUCCAGUAGUCUUCAUCAUCAACUUGCUGAUCUGUUUCCUGGUUUGUUUCAAUUUCUUCUGCGUUUGUUUUUGUCGCAACAGAACAUUCAGACUGCCGUUAGUACUGUGCCAGUAGAAGCACCAAACAGGUUAUUCUACUGAUGCGUUUCUAUUUCCUGGUUGUUUUCUCUUGCAUGGUUAUACUCUCUCUCUCUCUCUCUCUCUGUGUGUGCGCGUGUGCAAAUCAACUGACUGCUUGGAAAGAGAGUUCGGCUGAAUGGACUGGAUCUGGAUAUUUGCUUCGAAUGACAAGAAAGUAUUUAUUUUGAAUUAUGAUGCCGUUCGACAUGAUUUAGUUCUCACCAUUGGAAGCAUCAUCAUAUAGAACUAUAGCAGAGUGCUUGAGCUUUUGAAUAUGAGCUUUUGCUAUUGGCUUUUAAUUUGAUCGAUAUCUGAAAGACAGUUGUUAUAAAAGGAUUUUACCUUCUUGACACUAAAAUGACAUCACAGUACUGACUAAACUUUAUCUUGACUGAUCUGUAUGAAGAAUGAAGAUUAGCCAUGGCAGCGAGCAAGCAUAGUCUCCCAAACAUUGAAAAAUGCCUUGGUUCUCACUUCUCAGUGCUAUGAAACUGGUUGUUUAGAUGCAUGGAAAUAGGAGAUUGUGUGAUGAAUAUUUGUUUGAAAAUGUCUUGAAAAUAUUUGUUUUCUUUGUAACCUGAAAAUAAGGAACAUGUCCACUUGUUUUUGGUAUUUCAAUCUGUUCUUGAAGUAGGGUUCUAUGAUGAUGGGCAAAUGUUCAAUGAGGUAUGGUGGAGGAGAAAGAAAGAAAAGGAAGGGAGCAGCAUGGAAUUUCGUAGAAGAUGAUAGUGGCCCUUAGUGUCGAGCAAGCAUGACAAUCAUUUUAUGGCAAUUCAAUCAUAUUCUUCCCCCUCCAUAAAUGCCAAGUUAUUUUGGACAUAUAAAACAUAAAUUAAUCUAUGCAAUCAAUCACUGCGUGUGUUUGUAGGACGGACUGGUGUGACAUGAUACUUUAAUCUAAACCCAUGUUUGUCGGUGCAAAUGAUGCAUGACACAUGUGGCAUGGAGUGGAUUUAACGAUACCAGUGAAUUGCACUGCUCUGGUUUUAUAUGUGGAUCAAGGCACUGCAGUUCACUGACCAUUAGAUCCACUUCCCAGCCAACAUGGCGUGCAUCAUAUGGUACUUGCAUUUGCAGGUAUCAGUUAAGUAAUCUGAGCGAAUAAAAAAGUGUAAGCUUUUAUGACAAGAAAGCAAUCUUUCUAAGGUGAGCAUAGUUUUUGCUUACUUCAUCGGCUGCAUUUCAAACUUGACGUUGGUGGAUUGCUGUUCCCUUCUGGACAUCUUUUAGUCCUGGAAGAUCUGUCUGUUUUCAUAGUUGACAUUCUGGAUUUUCAGAUAAAUAUCCUUUCGAAGUUUUCUGAUUUGCCAAUUGUUGGAUCCAGUUUGUGCAUCGGAGUUAUACUCACUGAAUUCAACAAUUUUGAUAGUGAUUUUUAGGUCCCUUUUUUCACUUACCUUGCAGGUCCAACGAUGAUAAUUUGUAUACAUGUAAUAUAAUACUACCAUGGGAGUUGAAAUUU